AUGGAGGACUUCAUCAUUCCACCUUAUAACUGUGGACGGUACCCUGGCUAUUUCCCCUUUUAUCCCAGCAACGCGAAAUUUAAGCACCAAAACUGGAACAAAAAGGGAAACAAUUUUUACAUAGCGCCAGACGCCCCCGAUUACUUCGACGUCUACAAGCGCGCGCAGUUAAAGGCGAUAUUAUCUCAGGUAAACCCAAACUUAACCCCGCGCCUCCGCAAGGCCAACACUAAAGAGUUCGGUGUGCAGGUAAACCCAAAGGUAGAUGCCGUUAUCCAGUGCUCGCUCGGGCCUAAAACGCUGUUUUACCGCGGUGAUAAAUGGGACUCACCUAGAAAGCCGUUCACCGUCAGCCCUCUGAAAGACACGCUGCCGAGCACACCAGUCAACUCGGUGCGCUUCUCCCGGCCGGUGGCCAUCUACUCUCCCGUCUUCGACCGCAGGAUUUUCUCCUUAUCCACGACUGCCGGUGAAAGUAAGGACGAUGGAAAGGACGAGGACCGGAAGACUGACAGCGAGACGGAGGAUGAAGAUGAUGACGAGUUCUGCAAACCGGAUGAAAAGACUCACGACGAAUCACGGCACGAGAAGUCGCUGAUUCAACGCGAUAAACGGUCUAACUUUCAGUUUCUGGAGCAGAAGUAUGGAUUUUAUCACUGCAGCAAGUGCAAUAUCCGAUGGGAAAGUGCAUUUGUGUGGUGCAUCUCGGGAAGCUCCAAGGUGUACUUCAAGCAGCACUGCAGGAAGUGCCAGGCAGGACUGAAUCCAUAUAGGGUGGAGUCCAUUCAGUGCCAGGUUUGCUGUAAAGCUCGCUGCUGCUGUGAACGUAAGCAGAGGCACAUUGACAUGCGCCGUCCUCACCGCCAGGAUCUGUGCGGACGCUGCAAGGGCAAAGGCCUGUCCUGUGACACCAUCUACAGUUUCAAGUACAUAGUCUGAUUGUUCUGGUCAACGAUGAUGACGAUGGGUUUUAGAAUCUGCAUUGGCGGCCCAUGCAAUCAUAUUGGGUGGGAUGAAUCGUGUAUGUUUUUGUAUGUCUGAUGUAUAAAUUUCUAAGAAUUAAUAAAGUAUUGCAGCAUAA